AGUGAGUGAGAUACACACUGCACAAGUUUCGCCACUCAACUAUAAAAACCACUCUUAAAACCCUCUCAGAUCUCAGUGACGACGACGAUACUCGAGUCGAAUACUACUGUUUUUAGAAGAUAAUAAAAAUGGCUUCGUUUACGUCUUCACUAGCUCUGUUCAUUCUCGUGGCGAUCAUCGGUGCCGGAGACGCCGGAAACGUUACUUUCGACGGGAGAUCGCUGAUCAUCGACGGCCAGCAUAAGAUCCUCUUCUCCGGCUCAAUCCAUUAUCCUCGCAGCACUCCUCAGAUGUGGCCGCAUUUGAUAGGGAAGGCGAAAUCUGGAGGAAUAGAUGUAAUCGACACCUACGUGUUCUGGAACAUUCACGAGCCGCAACAAGGCAAGUUUGAUUUCAGCGGACGCCGUGAUAUCGUGAGGUUCAUCAAGGUAAUACAAGCGCAUGGCUUAUAUGUCUGUCUUCGGAUUGGUCCAUUCAUCCAAGGUGAAUGGUCAUACGGGGGUUUGCCUUUCUGGUUGCAUAAUGUUCCAGGGAUUGUCUUUAGAACUGAUAAUGAGCCAUUCAAGUAUCACAUGAAGAGAUAUGCGCAAAUGAUUGUUAAGUUGAUGAAGUCGGAGAACUUGUAUGCUUCUCAAGGAGGGCCUAUCAUACUCUCACAGAUUGAGAACGAGUAUGGAAUGGUAGCUAGAGCUUUUAAACAAGAAGGGAAAUCAUAUGUCAAAUGGGCAGCAAAAUUGGCUGUGGAGCUUGAUACAGGAGUUCCAUGGGUCAUGUGCAAGCAAGAUGAUGCCCCUGAUCCUUUGAUUAAUGCUUGCAAUGGGAGGCAAUGCGGAGAAACAUUUAGAGGACCUAAUUCACCAAGCAAACCUCCAGUAUGGACUGAGAACUGGACGAGUUUUUACCAAACAUUUGGUGAGGAACCACUGAAAAGGUCUGCUGAGGAUAUAGCAUUUCAGGUUGCUCUAUUCAUCGCUAAGAAUGGAAGUUUCGUAAACUACUACAUGUAUCAUGGAGGAACAAACUUCGGAAGAAAUGCCUCGCAAUUCGUAAUUACCAGUUAUUACGAUCAGGCUCCACUUGAUGAAUAUGGGUUACUUCGGCAACCAAAGUGGGGACACCUUAAGGAACUACAUGCUGUAGUUAAGCUGUGUGAAAAGCCUCUACUUUCUGGACUGCGUUCUACAACAUCAUUGGGGAAGCUACAAACUGCUUUUGUGUUUGGGAAGAAUGCGGAGCUAUGCGCUGCCUUUCUUAUGAACCAAGACAAGAUCUAUUCCACUGUGCAUUUUCUCAAUUCUUCAUACACUCUGUCUCCAAAUUCUAUUAGUAUCCUGCCAGACUGCAAGAAUGUCGAUUUCAAUACUGCCAAGGUUAAUGCGCAAUACACCACGAGAACAAGGGAACCAAGACAAAAACUGUCUUCUCCUCACAUGUGGGAGGAAUACACAGAAACUAUCCCGAGCUUCAGUGAGACGACAAUAAGAUCAGAAUAUUUGCUUGAACACAUGAACACAACACAAGAUACUUCUGACUAUCUUUGGCAAGUAUUUAGGUUUCAACAACCUGAACUAGCUGAAUCAAUUCUUAAAGUCAACCACAUUGGACAUGUUCUACAUGCAUUUGUCAAUGGGAAGCUCAUAGGUUCUAUGCACGGAGCUUUCAAAGCGCAGAGAUUUUUGCUAGAGAAAAAUAUGUCACUGGUUAAUGGCACAAAUAGCAUCGCAUUACUCAGCGUAAUGGUAGGAUUACCGAAUUCAGGAGCACAUCUAGAAAGGAGAGUUGGUGGAUCGCGGAGCGUAAAGAUCUGGAAUGGUAAACAAUCACUGUACUUCCACAAAUAUGCUUGGGGAUAUCAGGUUGGGCUGCAUGGGGAGAAUGUGCAUGUUUACACUGAUGAUGGGGCUGCCACAGUUCAGUGGAAGCAAUACACAGGCUCCAAAAGUCAGCCUCUAACUUGGUACAAGGCUUCAUUUGACACACCAAAGGGGAAUGAUCCUGUGGCUUUGAACUUGGGAUCAAUGGGAAAAGGGGAAGCUUGGGUGAAUGGCCAGAGUAUUGGUCGGUACUGGGUCUCAUUUCAUACUACCAAGGGUAGCCCUUCUCAGAUAUGGUACCACGUACCGAGAUCUUUUCUUAAUCCCAAUAGUAACCUACUAGUCAUCUUGGAAGAAGAAAAAGAAGGGAACCCUCUUGGUAUAACCAUAGACACAGUGUCAGUCACCGAAGUCUGUGGUCACGUCUCCAGUUCACAUCCUCCUCCAGUGGUCUCUUCGAAAAGAAGAAGCCACAACCAAACUGAACACCCACAUCUAAAGUACCGGUAUGACAGGAGGCCUAAGGUUCAGCUCCAGUGUCCUUACGGCAAGAAAAUCUCAAAGGUGUUGUUUGCAAGCUUUGGUUCUCCAAAAGGAAACUGUUGGAGGCAUUCUAUUGGAAGCUGUCACUCACCAAACUCUUUAGCUGUUGUACAGAAGGCUUGUCUGAGAAAGAGUAGGUGUUCUGUAGCGGUAUGGAGCAAAACCUUUGGUGGUGAUUCAUGUCCUCACACUGUUAAAUCCCUGCUUGUUCAUGCUCAAUGCUCAUGAGAUUGCAACUCGCUAGUAUAUUGGUCUCUCUUUCCUUUCUUAUCAUGAACAAGUAAUAAAAGUAUUCA